UGUGUCUCUGUAUUCAUGCAGUAAAAUGGCAGAAGUCAGAUUUUCUCAGGAUGAGUUCACGUGUCCAGUGUGUCUGGAUCUUCUGAAGGAUCCAGUGACCAUCCACUGUGGACACAGUUACUGUAAGAGCUGUAUUACAGGCUUCUGGGAUCAGGAGGAUCAGAUGAGAGUCUACAGCUGCCCUCAGUGCAGACAAACCUUCAGUCCAAGACCUGCUUUAGCUAGAAACACCAUGCUGGCUGAAGUGGUGGAGAAACUGAAGAACACCAAACUUUCUGCUGACUGUUACGCUGGAGCUGGAGAUGUUCAGUGUGACGUCUGUACUGGAAGAAAAUACAAAGCUGUCAAGUCCUGUCUGAUGUGUCUGAACUCUUACUGUCAGAGACACCUUGAACAACAUGAGAGUUGGUUUAAAGGAAAGAGACACAAUUUGACUGAUGCCACUGGACGACUGCAGGAGAUGAUCUGCCAGAAACAUGAGAAGCUCCUUGAGGUUUUCUGUCGCACUGAUCAGAAAUGUAUAUGUGUGCUAUGUAUGGACAAACAUAAAAACCAUGACAUUGUGUCAGCUGCAGCACAGAGGACAGAGAAACAGCACCAGCUGAAGGAGACAAAGAAAACGUUCCAGCAGAGAAUCCAGCAGAGAGAGAAAGAUUUUCAGCAACUGAGAGAGUCGGUGGAGUCUCAUAAGCGCUCUGCACAGACAGCAGUGGAGGACAGUGAGAGGAUCUUUACUGAGCUCAUCCGCUCCAUUGAGAGAAGCCGCUCUGAGCUGAUACGGCUGAUCAGAGAUCAGGAAAAGACUGCAGUGAGUCGAGCUGAAGGACGACUGGAGCGACUGGAGCAGGAGAUCAAUGAUCUGAGGAGGAGAGACGCUGAGCUGGAGCAGCUUUCACACACACAGGAUCAAAUCCAGUUCCUGCAGAGUUUCCAGUCUUUCUCAGUACCUCCUGAAACUACAGACAUAAAUGACGAUCUCUUCAGUUCUCUCGUCUCUUUUGAUGAUCUGAGAGAAUCUGUCCAUCAGCUGAGAGACAAACUGGAGGAUUUCUGCAAAGAGGAGCUCAAGAAGAUCUCAGAAAGAGUUGCUACUACAGGUCCCUCUGUGUACUACAACCAGUCUCCAGCAGAUUAUUCACAUCCUCUACAUACUGCUGCGAAUGUUACACCAACAAAGGGCCCAGUAUUUGGGAUGAAUUGUCUUCCUCCAAAGCAACAUAUGUAUCCCUACCCACAAACAACACACACCCCACCUUAUGUGGAAGAGGAUGAGGAUGGACUUCAUUUUGAAUCUAUUGUGCCUCUACCUGAUAAGGUUGAUGUGAAAUCCGGUGAGGAGGAUGAAGAGGAGAUGUUUUGCAAGAGAGCAAAACUCUUCCGAUUUGACUCGGACACUAAAGACUGGAAAGACAGAGGCAUUGGCCGUAUCAAAAUCCUGAAACACAAAACCUCUGGGAAAGUUUGUUUGUUUAUGAGGAGGGAGCAGGAUCUGAAAAUCUGCGCUAAUCACUAUAUCACUUCCAACAUGGCCCUCAAACCAGAUGCUGGAUCUGACAAAUCCUGGAUGUGGUACGCUAUGGAUUGUGCAGGUGAAAUACCGAGGACUGAGCAGUUGGCCAUUCGUUUUAAAACAGCUGAUGAGGCAGCACUGUUUAAAGUCAAAUUUGAGGAGGUUCAAAAGUUCCUUUCAGAAUCCCCACAAGGCCAACAGAUUGAAAAGAGAUUUGAAACUCCAAAGCCUCAGGUUUCAUUCAAAGAAGUGGAUCUCAAAACUCUGUUUUCCAAGAAGGAGGGUGAAUGGGACUGCGAUGUUUGCUGCGUAAGAAAUGCUUCCACGUCUGCUGUAUGUGUGGCAUGCAGCGGUGCAGCUCCUUCUACAGCAAAGGUGAAACCUGUAGAGGAGCCCAAAGGCUCUGGCCCUGUGGCUUCUCCUGCCAAAUGGUUUUCCUUUGGACCUUCUGGAGAUUCCACUAAGAACACUGCCAGCACUGAUAUCAGCUUGAAGGGCUUCACAACUGGAUUUCAAUUACCAGUUUCUUUUAAGUUUGGAUCGAAGGAUGCUGUGGUGACAUCUGCUGGCUUCGGAGCUCAGGCAAAUAAGAAAACAGUUCAGACUGAUGCACAAAAACACAAGACAACAGUUCCAGCAGUCCCAUUUGGCACUGGAUUUGGUGUUCUGUUUGCCAAGAAAGAGGGUCAGUGGGACUGUGACUUAUGCCUAGUGAGAAAUGAAGCUACAUCUAGCCAUUGUGUUUCAUGUCAGACAGCAAACCUAGAUAUGAAAAACAAGACCUCUGCUGCACCAUCAAGUUCCUCUUUUACCUCCAGUUUCAGUCAAAGCACUGCUUUUCAGUUCAGUACAAGUAAGGAUAAAGCAUCCUCAGAAGACUUCAAGUUUGAGUCCUCCACAAUUGGGGCUGAAAAGUCAUCAUGCAGUUUUUCAUUUUUGAUGCCGGGGCCUGUUAGCGAAUUUAAGUUUGGCAUUGCAGGAUCUGAGGCAAAACCAUCAGACAAACAUUCACAAAAUGGAUCUGCAUCUGACCUCCUGAAAAAUAUUGCUGAGCUUCACAAAGAAAAAGAAAUAGAGGCAGCCCCAAGUUCCUCAGAUGAGUCUGCAGAUGCUGAUAGUCACUAUAAUGGUAAACCUAACACCUUUAGUUUCGCUGACUUGGCAAAGUCACGUGGUAGUUUUCAGUUUGGCCAGAAGGAUCCCGCUUUCAAAAGCUUUGCAGGGGCUGGUGAGAAGCUCAUUGCAGGGUUUCAUUCUGGCUCCAGGACUGACAUCUCCGACGAUCAAGAUGAUGAAAUGUAUAAAACCGAGGAGAUUUACGAUUUACGAGCUGAUGGAGCAUCUGAUGAUGCAGGUCUGUCUUUUGGAUUUGCAUCUGCUGAUGGGUUGUCAUUUUCAGAAUUGGCAAAGCUUUCAUCAGAAUUUGCAUUUGGUAAAAAAGAUGGUAAUUUCUCGUGGUCAGGCGCAGGAGCCACAGUCUUUGGAAGAGCAGCGACACAAAUUAAGGAAGCAGAAGAGGAGGGCAGUGAUGAUGAAAUGCCCCAUAAUGACAAGAUCCACUUUGAGCCGAGCGUGUCCCUGCCUGAGGUGGAGGUGAGGUCCGGUGAGGAGGACGAGAAGAUCCUGUUCAAAGAAAGAGCCAAACUGUACCGCUGGGAUCGUGAGCUCAACCAGUGGAAGGAGCGCGGCGUGGGAAACAUUAAGAUCCUCUUUCACCCCGUGAAGAAGAGCUACCGCCUGGUGAUGAGACGCAAGCAGGUGCUAAAAGUCUGCGCCAACCACAUCAUCAGCCAGAGCAUGAAGCUCAAGCCCAUGAACACCUCGGCUAAUGCGCUGGUGUGGACCGCCACAGACUACUCAGAGGGAGACGGGAAAGUCGAGCAGCUGGCGGCCAAGUUCAGGACUCCAGAACUGGCGGAGUCCUUCAGUCGAGUGUUCACAGACUGCCAGAGCCGCAUGCCGCAGGCUGACGCCGCUCAGAUGUCUGCCGCCGAGGCGCUUUCACGAGAGUCCAACCCUGUGGUGUUCUUCAACAUCGUCAUAGAUAACGAGGAUACUGGGAGAAUCGUCAUGGAGCUCUUCGCUCACAUCGUGCCCAGAACGGCGGAGAACUUCCGGGCUUUGUGUACGGGAGAGAAGGGCUUCGGUUACCGCCGGUCCCUCUUCCACAGGAUCAUCCCGGACUUCAUGUGUCAGGGUGGUGAUAUCACCAGCCAGGAUGGGACAAGAGGAAACUCCAUCUACGGAGGGAAGUUUGAGGACGAGAGCUUCGAGGUGAGGCAUACGGGGCCGGGGCUGCUGUCCAUGGCCAACCGCGGCAGAGACACCAACAACUCACAGUUCUUCAUCACCCUCAAGAAAGCAGAGCACUUGGACUUCAAGCACGUUGCCUUUGGAUUCGUCAAAGACGGCAUGGAUGUGGUGAGGAGAAUCGGAGAGCUGGGCGCUAAAGACGGGAAACCCACAAAAACCAUCACCAUCUCAGACUGUGGACAGAUUAUUUGAGAUUUUCUACACAAACUAGUGUUCAUAAUGUUUGAGACUGUGUUCCCCCGAGCUCUUGUUAAAUCAGAACUUGUGUAUGCUGAGGUUUUAUUGUUGUCCUCUUUGUGCAUUAAUGAAGUGGACAGCACAGUUGACAAUCAAAUUCAUAGUUUGCAAAAAAGAAGAAAAAACUUUAUUAAAAAAGUUUACCCCAGAGUUUCUUCAUAUUUACAGGGGCUUAAUUGGAUGGAAUGUGAAUCUUUCAUUGUUAUAUGUCUGUAAUAUUUCUGCAGUUCACUGCCAUGAGGUCCCAUGCAGACACUGCCAUGUUGCUUGCAAAUUUUAAACAUCUGCAUUACACUAUUGAUUCAAAGAGUGUCAUCAUUGACAAAAACAAACUGCUGUGAAAUGCUUAUGGAUAUUUUAAAAGCAAAGCUGCUUUAUUUCUCCUUUAGUUUUGACAAAUGUUUAAAAAAAAAAAAAAACACUGGUAACAAGCAUUUAAGUUACAACUAACUAGCCAGCAGUGAGAUAAGAAGUGAUCUAUUCAUUUGUGUGGAGUAAAUGUGCUCUUUAAGGAUAGUUUCAACUCCCUUUUUCUUUUUAGUUCAGAGAUUUGACAUACAUGAUACUGAUAAAACUGUGCCUUUUAUUAAACAUUUUCUGAGACCUUUUUGUGUGUUUUAAUAGAAAUAAAUAAUAUAUUUUAUGGAAUAAAAUAAUAUAUUGCCCCCUGUGAGCUCCCCUGCAUGAUAUUGUCUGAUGUCUGUGGCAUUACAUGCCUUACCAAUCCACAUAACUGUUGUCUGUAUUGUGUUGUUGGUGAAAUAAAUAG